AUGCUAAUUCAAUUUUGGCUACAAUUCUAUGUCGAUACAACAAUUCCCAUGUUGAAUACUUUUAACAUUCGAACAUUAUUAACAUUAUAUCCGGGACAACAACAUUUUUCUAGUAAAUGGACAAAAGUCAAUAGUGGUGGACGAUAUCAAAAAAAUACAUUUUAUCAUAAUGUAGGAUACCGUGUAUUAAUUGAACAAGAGUCUGUCUCAACAUCACUCACUAUUAUUCUUCAUCAAAUUCCAUAUACCAACAGUAAAGAUACACCAAUUACAUCGUUACAAAAUCAUCAUCCCAUAGGUCGAUACGUUUUCUUAGUGACAGAUAAAAAUGUUAAACUAAAAGAAAGUCCGCCAUUAUACUCUGAUGCAGAAUUUAUACGAGCACGUUCAAUAUCAAAAAUUGUUCAGAUUCAUAAAGGACACGAAUACUAUGUUGUGCUGACUUGUUUUGAGCCAAAUUCAGAAGCCGCAUAUGAUUUAACGUUUUUAUCAGAUAUUCUUUUAUCGAUCACAAAAACUGAAUCUAUUGAUAUAUUAAAACCUCGUGUUGUCACACCACCUAAGAACAAAACUCAACCUUUAUUUUUAAAAGUAAAGGUAGAAAUAAAUAAAUAAAUAUAAAUGGAUCAUUUACUUUUAUAAAAUAAAGAUAAUUUUUUAUUUAUUUAUUUAUCUUUAUUUUUUAAGUAUAAAUGAUUCAUUUACUUUUAUCCAUUAUUAUAAAUGAACAGUAAAAACUAAAUUAACACCCCUACCUAGUUGUCACACCACCUAAGAACAAAACUCAACAAAAAAACCCAUCAUCAUCUUCUCCAAUAGCUCCGAAGUACAAAGAAGGGCGCUCUCGCAUCUAAAUUAAAGGGACUAGCUUAAAACUAAGCGCAGCUAUCUUCGAUUGUAACCAGCUGUGGUUGGUUGGUUAGACAACGCAGUGUCCGUUUUCAGCUAAAAUGCCUCCUCAUAAACUCGCUUGUAGCUAGCUACAUACAUCUUUGUAAAAAAGACGCCGAAGCUAUUAUUCAGCUAGAUUUUUUCUCUUGCUUAUUUUUAUUCGACAUUCUCGCAGAAAUCCAAGAAGGAUGCUUGAUAUAUUACUUAACCCUUUGGCUCCCGGUGACGUAUAAAUACGUCUAGUUGCAAUUAUUGCAUGAUCAUAAUAGCUAGAAUAAAUUUGAAAAAAGAUUUGAAUAGCUGAAAGAAUUUCCGAUCUCAGGUGGUGUAUACAAAGGCUCUAUCAAAACU